GUCGUGGAGACGUUGUCCCUUCCGCGAAGAAGACGAUGAAACAGGGUUUAACCAUUUCGCUAAAACCCUAGGCCAAUUCCUUCAACCCAGCAACUUCGGAUCGAACGAUGGCCAUGUCCAUGUACCUGCGACGCGCGAUCUCAUGCCGGAGCGUCCUCCUCCGUCGGUGCAUCGACCUCCGGAGCCGCGACUUCUCUCCCGCCGCUCGCUCCGGCGUCUUGCCCGAUCCCGAUCCCGAUCCCCGGAUCGGGCCUCCGUUCCUCGCCCCCGCCGAAUUCGUCAGGUUAAACGCCAGAGGCUUCGCCAAAGGCAAAAAAUCAAAGGAUGAUUCGGCUGCCGGUUCGGUCGACGUCGCGACGGACAUUGGGCCGAGCGUCAAGGAAGCUGCCAGGUCCCAAAUGGAUGCCGCCGUGGUGGCGUUAUCGCGCGAAUUGGCGAAACUUAGAACCGGAAGGGCGUCUGCAGGGAUGCUCGAUCACAUUAUAGUGGAGACUACUGGUGUAAAGAUGCCUCUGAAUAGGUUAGCCGUCGUGUCGGUGCUGGAUCCGAAGACGCUGUCGGUCAAUCCUUAUGAUCCAAAUACAGUGAAGGAAUUAGAGAAAGCUAUUGUUUCUUCUCCUUUAGGAUUGAAUCCUCAGGUGGACGGUCAGCGUCUGAUUGCCAAUAUUCCUCCGUUGACAAAAGAGCACAUGCUGGCAAUGACUAAGGUGGUUACCAAGUCCUGUGAAGAUGUUAAACAGAGUAUAAGGAGGGCUCGACAGAAGGCAUUGGAUACAAUAAAGAAAGCUGGUUCCAGUUUCCCCAAGGAUGAUGCAAAGAAAUUGGAGAAAGAGGUAGAUGAGUUGACUAAGAAAUUCGUUAAAUCGGCCGAGGAGUUGUGCAAAGCGAAGGAAAAGGAGAUGAUUUCAGGCUAAAACGUCGGCUGUUAGCAAUUUCUAAAUGGAGUUCGAGAGCUCAUUUGGAGAGCAGUCGCCCAAAAUUACGUAAUUGCUCCUCUGAUCGAAAAAAUCUGUUGUUGUCAUAUUCAAAUGUACGGACACAACCGACCGUUGAGAUUUAUUGUGGGCGGAUCUGUUUUUUGCUUGAUGAUACUUCCGAGGGUAAUCCUGCUUAAAUCUCACUGCCAAAUGUGGUGGUGGAGCUAUAGGCGUUCAUUGACAUUGGUUUUAGCAGUGGGACACGGCAGAUGAAAGCAAAGUUCUACCAAAUUGGAGCCCUUCUAAUGAGAAAUUAUUAGAAGUUUUUAA